GACAUGAUUAGGAAGUAGUUAGGAAUUAGUUAUUUGUUUCGGGAAUAGGGUAAAGUUUUAAUUAGCGACAAGUGACGUGACAGAUCUUUAAAAAAGAAGAACGCUCAAAACGACGCUAGAAGGAGGACGCUUAUUGUAAAGUAGUAGACUUGAGUACGACAUUAUUGACAUCGGACGAUUCCCUGUUGAGUAUUAAACAUAUUGUUAGAACAACAUAUAAGCGUCGACUACAUAUUUGAUUGUUUCGGCCUUUCGCCGGUGUUACUGAAGUGUUGAAUUCAGCGUUACCUACAGUCAGAUCUACACUAGACAGAUUGUCAAGAAUCAACACCGCGCAGAGGUCUUAACAACGUGGCGACCCCAGACUCGGAGCUCACUGGCAGCAACAUUCAGAAGGAUAGAAGCCCUCUGUUAGGAGGAGGCAGAAGUUAACGUCAUCGGCCUAGUCUGCAGCUAGACCCUGAUUAUACAGCCACGUCGGCGAAGGAAAGCCAGUGAGAUCCUGGACUCGUAGACCUAGGAGGUAACGAAAUAUUGAUCUAGAUCUACAUUUGUAAUUUGUAAACGCCCAUACGUUGGGGCAGCGUAUUGAAGCCUGUAGUUCGGUAUCGAGAAGGCUACAGUUGCUGAAGGGAAGAAAAACGUCCUGUCGAAGCCGUACUGAAGAGAUAUCGCCUGCCCGGCAUCGAGAGAACGAACGUGAAGGUCACCUCUGCAAGGCCAAGAUCGACCGUUGAGGUCACGCCAGAGAACUUGUGACGUAGGAACCAUCUUACUGCCUACGGCACUUAAGUACAGUAGUGCUAAUUUGAUCUACGUCUCGGCUGAAUCUGUGCUACACGUUAGAUAGCCAGAUAGCCGGUAUUUUAGCACUGGACUUUUGACUUUGUCGCUGGGUCAACUGUUGGACCGUUCCAGUUUCACUUUGGACAGACGACCACCUGGAACCACCGUACCAGCCUUGGAACCAGCAACCGGAACCAGACUCUACGUCACCGACGAACCGGAGCCAGACGACAGAUCACCGUGAACCAGAACCAGACGCCGUACCACCGAAGAACCGGAGCCGUUGCAGACCAGUACCGAAGGACCUUGGAGAGCCGAAACGUUCGCUGUCCUUAUCUCACCGCUAGGGAAGACAUCGCCGUGAGCCUUGCCGCCGGGACAGACAUUAGCGUAGGAAGAGUGGACCCGAGACUGACUGUGGAGUUAUCGCCGCUUCUUAGACAGAUAAGUCAAGUGUUAUUUAACUACUUUCUCCUUAUAUUACUUAGAGUCUGUAGGGAAGUGACCACUCGCUAGAUUAUCACUACCAGGUUAAAUCGUGGUGGAUUGGGGAUAUCCUUAAAAUUAGGUGUAAUCUAGCAAGAGGUCCAGAUAUACGUUUAGCUGUUAAUUCGUCCUGUAUGUGAAUGUGAAUCAUUUAGUUAAUCAUUUUUAGUAACGUCAUGUAUUAAUUGUUUGUAAUACUCCCGUCUUAAGUCUUACUGUCAGACGAAAGUCUCAUUCAUUAGAACUAGAGCUAUAGUUUGGUGUUUAUCGUAUUUAGGUUUAAUUUCAUAGUUUAUUGGUAUGAGUAAGUUAUAUACACUCCUGGCAGUGAAAGCAGGUAAGAAGUAACUAAGAUCUAGCGUAAUCUAGACUAGAUCUGGGGAACAAUCGAGGUGAAGCCUGAUUGCCCAUUUGUAAUUUUAGUAUUUGUAAAUAGACAGGUUGGUCUAUUUACCGGCGACUCGUGUUGAGUAACACAUAGUCGGUGGAGUGUGCGUGUGUCGCACAUCGUAUUCAGUCGGGUCAGGGUGUAGCCUACACGCCUACACACUGGUACCAAGGAUACUAAGUGUAUCUUGGAAAGUACAGAAGUUAUUAUAAGUCGGAGUUGGUAGUCUAGACUCCAAGGGUAGAGUGACGAAUUUAAUUCAUUUGAAUUAAGAGAUAUCAGGAAGCCGCGGAGCGAGGGUACGCUCAAAAGAUAAUUUGAUUUAUAGAACAUAGGUAAUAGAAGCUAUUAGGCUUUUGUGGAAGACAAUUUAAAUAAAAAGCGAGGUAAAGUAACAAAUAAGUAAUAUGGCAACUGCUCCAGGUUACGACCUGGAAGAAUUUAGGAAAAAGCUAAUUCAUGAAGCUAAGACAGAACUGGAACUACGCGGCAAAGAACUGGCCGCCUAUGUGCAGCAGAUGGUGGCGGCAGAAACAGACCGCAGAGAGCGGGAACGAGUCAGAGAAGCUGAAAGAGCCAGAGAAAAAGAAAAAGAAGAGGCAGACCGCAGAGAGCGGGAACGAGGCAGAGAAGCUGAGAGAGCCAGAGAAAAAGAAAAAGAAGAGGCAGACCGUGUAGAACGGGAAAAGGUUAGAGAGGCGGAACGGGUAGAGAGGGAGAAGAAAGAAGAGGCGGACAGAAAAGUGAGAAUUCAAGUAGAACAGAUGAGGAUAGAGGCUGGUGUAAGUGUGCCCACCGAAGGAAACAGCAACAAUAGUGCCAACAUAGAAAGCCAUAGUAGCGCCGCAUGGAUGAAGAAGAAAAUCCAACCUUUUGCGGAAGACAAGGACGACAUCGGCGACUAUCUGAAACGCUUUGAAAUUAAACUUGCAAAGUUUAAUGUCCAGGAGAAGGAGUGGUCCGAAAUCUUGUUGGACUUCGUACAUGGGAAAGCCCUCACGAUUUGCCAAAACCACGACCACUCCAUGCAAAACAGCUAUCAGGCGCUAAAGAAGGAACUGCUAAACGCAUACGGGCACAACGCGGCAACAUUCCGAAAGAAGUAUUAUGAAAACACCCCAUCCAGCCAAGUUGAUCCACAAACAACUAUCAACGCAGAGAAAGACUUCUUCACUAAAUGGCUCGCAUUCGAGAAUGUAGAGAACACCUACGAGGGGUUGAAGAACUUCAUUCUGAUUGAUAACUUUAUCAAUAAGUGCGACCCUCAGCUACAGUCCUUUGUAAAAGAAAGAAACCCGAAGGUAAUUGAAGACUUGGUAGAAAUUAUUAGGAUCUUUAAGAAUGCUUACCCAAACAACCCACUUUCAGUUAGCGACCAUAAAAAAGUCAUUGACCUAGUAAAUUAUGUAAAGAGAAAUGAUGUUAGUGAUAGGGAUUAUGGUAGGAGAAAUGAUAGGUCCAGGGAACGUGGAAACAAUGGUCGGGAUAGUUAUGAAGGCUUAAAUGAUAGACCUUGGGAAAAUGAAAACAAGGGCAGGAAAAGUUAUGAUAGGAGAAUAGAUAGACCUAAAGCGGGUGAUAGAAACCUUAGGGAUGUUACAUGUUUUAACUGUCAGGAAAAGGGACACAUGGCAUACCAGUGUAAGAAACAUAGAGGGAAUGGAGCUGGCAAUAGAAAUGCACAGGGUAAUAGUGGCACUAGUGAUAGGAGAGGUGAUCGAGAAAACCGUAGACAAGAGAGGGAUAAUCGGCCACCAGAUAGGGUUAAUUUUGUAAGGAGCAUCCAAGACAGGGAUCGUGAUAGUGGACAUAGUGAACCAGAUGAAGAAAUUAAUUACGUUGAUUGUGGGGAAGAUAGAUUUAAACUAUAUCCAGGCAUGAUAAAUAAUAAACAGGUAAAUGUGAUCCGGGACACAGCUAGCAGUACACUCGCGGUUCGAGGGGGAUUAGUGAAAUCUAAGGAUUAUUUAGGAUAAACCAAAUCAGUCAGGUUGGCAGACGGCGCAGUUAAGAGAUUCGAAGCGUGCAAAGUGUUCCUUCGAUCUCCAUUAUACACAGGGUAUUGCGAAGGGGUAGCCAUGCCGAGGUUAUCUAGAGAUGUUUUACUUGGAAAUGUAGCAGGUGUCAGAGCCGCUUCUGACAAACAGGUUAGAAGUUGGAAAAGCAGGUCUGUGUCCGACAGUGAUGGUAGAAGAGAUGACUAUGGUAGCGGUAAUCGCAAGUCAUACAGAGGUAGAAGGCCACAAGCGGGCUAUAGUGGUGUAAGAAGAGAUGUUAACUCCAGUUGGAGAGAACAAAUGUAUGAGUCGUGUAGAUAGCCUGUGAAACAUAGCACUAUGAGACUGUAGUGUGUAAAUAAGAUGGAUUUUAUUUAAUUGCUUAUUCUUAAUUAAUUGACUUAACUAGUUGUCAUAACUAGAUGGGUAUUAGGUUGUUUAAUGUAUCUUUGAAUAGUAUAUUUAUGUUAUAAUAUACAUGUAAUUUGGUUAUCAUUAGAUUGACUCAUGUUAAUUAUGUAAUUUCGGGUAGUAUGUAUGCAUUGCAUGUAUGUGUGUAUGAAUAGAAAGGGCAUUUAUAAGGCGACGAUGUAGUUACAUCAAGGAAAAGUAAGUUUUAUAAUUUAUUCUUUGUAUUUGAGCAUUAUCAUACAUCAGUCAAGAGUUAGGUCGUGUGGGGACAAGUAAGUGGAGAGAGGAAAUAAAAUACACUUGUAGAUGCCCGAAAGAACGUUAGGUGUAUAGUGGGAGAACGAGCAUUGAUAAAUGUCAAUUUGUCAUAUUAGGUAAAUUGUCUGUCCUGACGUGUGAGGGAAAGCGGUGUAACCUCCGGAACGUGAUGUGAUGAAGUAUAGAUAGACACACCUAUAGUGUCAGCGCAAACGAACUAUGUCUGCGGUCACCUAUGACACAUCACAUUGGACAGUAUCAGUUAGUGACACUUGAGGGAAAUAUGUGUUCAGAGGAACUUGAUUGUGGACACAGAAAGAGAAGUUGAAAUCGCAAUCAAGACUCAAGUUGUGUUGUCUUUUAUGUUUCCCUACAUUUUGGCCCUUGCACAUUGUAAGACUAAGACAGUAGAUUAAAAAAUUGACAGGCAAUUUUUUUUAGCGGGAGGGGGAGGAGUUGUUAUGACAUGAUUAGGAAGUAGUUAGGAAUUAGUUAUUUGUUUCGGGAAUAGGGUAAAGUUUUAAUUAGCGACAAGUGACGUGACAGAUCUUUAAAAAAGAAGAACGCUCAAAACGACGCUAGAAGGAGGACGCUUAUUGUAAAGUAGUAGACUUGAGUACGACAUUAUUGACAUCGGACGAUUCCCUGUUGAGUAUUAAACAUAUUGUUAGAACAACAUAUAAGCGUCGACUACAUAUUUGAUUGUUUCGGCCUUUCGCCGGUGUUACUGAAGUGUUGAAUUCAGCGUUACCUACAGUCAGAUCUACACUAGACAGAUUGUCAAGAAUCAACACCGCGCAGAGGUC